GGCUGCGGCUGACGUGCCCCGCGGAGCGCGCGCCCGCCCGCGCGCCCCCGCCGACCUGUCAAUCGGGGCAAGAGCUGCCGGCCUGGGAGGAGGAAACAUGGCGGGCCGGUCCAUGCAAGCAGCAAGAUGCCCUACAGAUGAACUAUCCUUGAGCAACUGUGCUGUGGUGAAUGAAAAGGACUUCCAGGCAGGCCAGCACGUCGUAGUGAGGACCUCCCCCAACCACAGAUACACGUUUACGCUCAGGACCCACCCGUCGGUGGUCCCGGGGAGCAUUGCGUUCAGCUUGCCGCAGCGAAAAUGGGCCGGCCUUUCCAUCGGACAAGAGAUAGAAGUGUCCCUGUACACCUUUGACAAGGCUAAGCAGUGCGUCGGCACCAUGACCAUCGAGAUCGAUUUCCUGCAGAAGAAGAGCAUCGACUCCAACCCUUACGACACGGACAAGAUGGCGGCCGAGUUCAUCCAGCAGUUCAACAACCAAGCCUUCUCAGUGGGGCAGCAGCUCGUGUUUAGCUUCAACGACAAGCUCUUCGGCCUUCUCGUGAAGGACAUCGAAGCCAUGGAUCCCAGCAUCCUUAGGGGAGAGCCUGCUACCGGGAAGAGGCAGAAGAUCGAAGUCGGCCUAGUUCUCGGCAACAGUCAGGUUGCAUUUGAAAAGGCGGACAACUCUUCCCUCAGUCUUAUUGGCAAGGCCAAGACCAAGGAAAACCGGCAGUCCAUCAUCAACCCUGACUGGAACUUUGAGAAGAUGGGAAUCGGAGGCCUGGAUAGGGAGUUUUCUGACAUCUUCCGGCGAGCGUUUGCCUCUCGAGUGUUUCCUCCGGAGAUUGUAGAGCAGAUGGGCUGCAAGCACGUGAAGGGCAUCCUGCUUUACGGACCCCCGGGCUGCGGCAAGACCCUCCUGGCCCGGCAGAUCGGCAAGAUGCUGAAUGCCAGAGAGCCCAAGGUGGUGAACGGGCCCGAGAUCCUCAACAAGUACGUCGGGGAAUCCGAGGCCAACAUCCGCAAGCUCUUUGCGGACGCCGAGGAAGAGCAGAGACGGCUGGGCACCAACAGCGGCUUGCACAUCAUCAUUUUUGAUGAGAUCGACGCCAUCUGCAAGCAGAGAGGGAGCAUGGCCGGGUCCACGGGCGUCCACGACACCGUCGUCAACCAGCUGCUGUCCAAGAUCGACGGCGUGGAGCAGCUCAACAACAUCCUGGUCAUCGGCAUGACCAACAGGCCGGACCUGAUAGACGAGGCUCUGCUGCGGCCCGGGAGGCUGGAGGUCAAGAUGGAGAUCGGACUGCCCGACGAGAAAGGGCGGCUGCAGAUUCUGCACAUCCACACGGCCCGGAUGCGGGGCCACCAGCUGCUGGCGCCUGACGUGGACAUCAAGGAACUGGCGGGAGAGACCAAGAACUUCAGCGGAGCCGAGCUGGAGGGGCUGGUGCGGGCCGCCCAGUCCACGGCCAUGAACCGGCACAUCAAGGCGAGUACCAAAGUGGAGGUGGACAUGGAGAAGGCCGAAAGCCUGCAGGUGACAAGGGGAGACUUCCUUGCUUCGUUGGAGAAUGAUGUCAAGCCAGCCUUCGGGACCAACCAGGAGGACUACGCGAGCUACAUCAUGAACGGCAUUAUCAAGUGGGGGGACCCCGUCACCCGCGUCCUGGAAGACGGGGAGCUCCUGGUCCAGCAGGCGAAGAACAGUGACCGCACCCCGUUGGUCAGCGUCCUCCUGGAGGGCCCGCCGCACAGCGGGAAGACGGCUCUGGCCGCUAAAAUCUCCGAGGAAUCCAACUUCCCCUUCAUCAAGAUCUGCUCCCCCGACAAGAUGAUCGGCUUUUCGGAGACAGCCAAGUGCCAGGCCAUGAAGAAGAUCUUCGACGACGCUUACAAGUCUCAGCUGAGUUGUGUGGUGGUGGAUGACAUCGAGAGACUUCUAGAUUACGUCCCCAUUGGGCCGCGCUUCUCCAACCUGGUGCUGCAGGCCUUGCUCGUGCUGCUGAAAAAGGCCCCCCCUCAGGGCCGCAAGCUGCUCAUCAUUGGGACCACGAGCCGCAAGGACGUGCUGCAGGAGAUGGAGAUGCUCAAUGCUUUCAGCACCACCAUCCACACGCCCAACAUCGCCACCGGGGAGCAGCUACUGGAGGCCUUGGAGCUCCUGGGCAACUUCAAAGAUAAGGAACGUGCUGCCAUCGCCCAGCAAGUCAAAGGGAAGAGGGUCUGGAUCGGGAUCAAGAAACUGCUCAUGCUGAUCGAGAUGUCACUGCAGAUGGAUCCCGAAUACCGCGUGCGCAAAUUUCUGGCUCUCCUGCAGGAGGAAGGGGCCAGCCCCCUCGACCUGGACAAAUACGGCUCGUGGGCACAGCUCGACGGGCAGGGGAAGGGGCCUCGGUAAAGGUGGCGCCAGGCUCCCCGCCGCCCACCGUCCUCCCGCCCCGCCCCCCUCCAACACCCACCCUGGGUUUGCAUGUUUGGGGCCGUCCGGUGUCCGACCCUCUCUCCGUGUGCCGGUGUGUCCGUGCGUGUCCGUGCGUGUCCGUCCGUCGUGGAUGUGCUGGGCCCCGCGGGAGGGGCCGUAUCCUUUGGAAUGCCGCGUUCACGUUCCCGGGUGGCCCCGCGGCCCCCUCCCCUUCUCCUCCCCGUGGCCUGGAACGGGUCGGGCGGCCCCCCACCCCCGUGCUCAGGGAGCAUUGCCGCGGAGCCCGGGGACCUCGGGGAGCCCGGUCCUCCCUCGUGGCAGGGCGGAUCCUCUGGCAGCCCCGCCCCGGGCCCCAGGCCGGGGUCAGGGCAGGCGACCGUGGGACCGGCCCGGGACCCCGGCAGACCCCUUGGCACCCACCGCUCCGGCCGGGCCCGGGGGGGCCGCGUUAGGCGGUCCGCCGGGGGAGGGAGCGGGCCCCUCUUGGAGGGAUCCAGACGAGUCGGCCGGGUGCCUUCGGGCCAGGGUCCAAGGGGAGAGCGUCCGUUCCGCUUCGGUCGACGGCCAGGUCCGUUCCCGGCCGCCCCGUCCCGCCCCCAGCACGGGGCCGCUCCCUGGGUGGGACCGGGGCGGUUCUCGCAUCGGUGCCCUGAGCCCGGGGGAGCGCCCCACCCCCUCCGUCCUUCCCAGCCGCCCGCCCCGACGGCUCUUUCCGCACUGCCCCUGGAGCCUCCGGCGGGCGGGCUGACCUCUGACCCCGCCCGGGCCCCCAGAGCAGAACGCCCGCCAGCCUGCCUCCCCCACCGCCCCCGUCAACCAGACGCUGCCGCUUCGGCCUCGUGGAUUCCGUGGUGCGUGUGUCGUGGCGCCCCGCCCCUCCUGCCCGAGUGUCGCCGGUGCCCUCCCCGGGGGUCCCUCGGCGCCCCCCCCCCGCCUCGUCGUCGUCGCCUCUGCCGCCCCGACUUCCGUCUGGUUACGGGAAGCCCGUUGUUCUGUGCUGCUCCGGACCCCGAAGCUGUGUUCUGAGCCCCGACCCCACCGUGGAUGGAGACCAACGGUGCAAUAAAGAGCCCGGACACUUGA